AUUUGUCUUCUUGCCAACUCAACUCACUUACUCCAACCACUACAUGUGGCAUUUUAUGGACCUUUAAAAAGGUAUUGGAGAAAAGUUAUUGACAACUGGAAAAGUAGCAGCAAGAAUACUUCACGAACAUUAAAUAAAGACAGCUUUCCUAUGCUCCCGACUAAACUAUAUGACUUGUUUUAUCCAAUUGAAGACUUACAAAGUGAAAAUAUAAUAUCUGGUUUCAGAAAAUGUGGAAUUAUGCCCUUCAGUCCUGACAUUGUCCUUCAAAGGUUA